AUGACGACGACGACGACGACGACUUCGAGGAGGAGAUCUUCUCGUCGUUCUCAAAACUCCAGCAGUUUUUUGAAGAGGAGGACGAUUCGUCUCUUCUUUUUCUUCUUUCUUUUCGUUCUUGGUGUGCAUGCUCCCACGACGAUGAUGGUGAAAACAUUCGUCAACGCGGACUCGACGGGGAAACCAGAAGUAGGGCGAGACCCGAGAGAAAUACCAAACUGGAACGAUUAUCGCGAACAUUUUACGGUUUUAAAUGAAGACGUGGCGUCCAGAACCGACGCGAGCGAUGGGAACACCCCGUGGAUUGAACACGUCAGUUGGGAACCGAGAGUGUUCGUCUAUCACAACUUUCUCUCGGAAAAAGAAGCGAAAUAUUUACGCGACGCGCACAAAAAAGCAUCAAAAGCGAUGGAUGACGAAAGCAUGAAGACGACGUUUAAGAGAGGGCAAGAUCCCAUCGUGAACGUCAUCGAGCAGCGACUCUCGGCGUUCGUCAUGUUGCCAGAGACGCACGGCGAAAACAUGUUCAUCGAAAAGAUAAAGAAAGGAUACCCGAAAAGGCUGGAGCUUCUCAACUUUGACGACGAGAAAGACAAGGAAGAUUUAAAGAAUGGCGGGCAAAGAUUUGCGACGACGGCGUUGUUUUUAAACACAAUUUCAGAAGGGAAAGGAGGUGAGUUGGUGUUUCCGUUAGGGACGGAGAGACUUUACGACGAUAGCAACGAUAGUUACACUAGCACUCCUAGCGCGUGCGCGGGGAAAUAUACACUCGCGGUUGAGCCGAGAGUAGGCGAUGCGGUCGUUUGGUUUAGCACGCACCACAAUGGGAACGACGAUUUGAAUUCGGCCUCAAUGCGAUGCGACGCAGUCGCGGAUGGAGAAGAGAUGUUGACGGCGUACAAACAUUGGAGAGUAGGGAGAUAUAAUCACGGUAAUUUUCUUCCCGACUACGAGAAAGCGACGGCGAUGGGGGGGUCUUCUUCCUCGGGGACGAGCACUACGCACGAGUUUUAA